AUGGAGAAAAAGAAUUUAUCUAAACAAGAGAAGCAGGCUAAAUAUGAAGCUAAACAGAAGAGGUUAGCUGAAGAAUCUUUGAUUAAGAAACAACCUAAAGAAAAGGUUCAAUCAACGAAAGGAUAUGAUUCUGCAGUAGUAGAAGAGAAGUGGAUUAAAUAUUUUAAAGAAAAUUUUGAAAAUUUUACAGCGAGUUUAGAGAAUAAUAACAAGGAAGUGUUUUCAAUGGUAAUACCACCACCAAAUAUUACAGGAUCAUUACAUAUUGGCCAUUCGAUGACUGUAUCGAUAGAAGAUGCAUUAAUCAGAUAUAAUAGGCUUAAAGGUAAAGAUGUGUUGUUUUUGCCUGGAUUAGAUCAUGCUGGUAUUGCCACUCAGAAUGUUGUAACAAAAAUGUUAGAACGGGAGAAUAAUGAAAAUUUUGAUAGAGAGUAUAGAAUUUCUAGAGCACAUGAAUGGUCGGACAAAUAUGGGAGUAAAAUAUUGGAACAGUUUGAUAGAUUGGGUGCUUCACUUGAUUAUAGUAGAAAGAUGUUUACUUUAGAUUCAAGAGCUAAUUCUGCUGUUAAUAAGGCAUUUAUUGAAUUGUACAACAAAGGACUUAUUUACAGAGAUAAAAAGAUUGUUAACUGGUGUGGUAAAUUAGGAACUACAUUGUCAGAUUUAGAAGUUAAUUAUAAAGAUAUUAAGGGUGGUAGUAAAAUUAAAGUUGAUGGUUCUGAAUAUGAAUUUGGAAUAAUGUAUUAUAUUAAAUAUUACCUAAUAAGGAAAAAUGAUAAAGAAACUUUUGAUGUAGAUAUGAAACAAGAUAAUCUUCCAUUUGUAAUAGUUGGUACUACAAGACCUGAAACAAUUCUAGGUGAUUCGGCUAUUUGUAUAAAUCCAAAUGAUAAAAGAUUUGAUAAUAUCGAUUAUAUAUUUGAUAAUUAUCAAAAGUUUAAUGAAGAAAUUUCUAAAAUUAGAAAUAAGAAAAAUGUUAAUAUUGAUAAGCUUAAAAAAGAUUUAAAUGAGACGUUAAAGUUAGAAAGAAGUAAUAAGUAUAAAUUAGAUAAGAUGAGUAAUGUUAAUGAAACUUGUGAAACUGAAACUGGUUUAAUGGCCAUUAAUCCAUUAACUAAUAAGUUAAUACCUGUCAUUAAAGAUGCACAUGCUGAUCCUAAUUUGGGAACUGGUGUAUUAAAAAUAACACCAUCACACGAUAAUAUUGAUUUUAAAUUGGGUAUCAAACAUAACUUAGAAUUUAUAAGAAUGAUGGAUAAACACAAUAAAAUAGAUUUUGAGGGAUCAGAAUAUCAUGGAAUGAGUAGAUUUGAAGCAAGAAAAUUGAUAGUUAGUUAUCAUUCAUGUGUAUAUUCUCAAGAAAAUUAUGACCAGAUUUUACCAUUUUGUUCCAGAUCAAAUGAUAUUGUAGAGCCUAUGAUAAAAGAGCAAUGGUGGAUGAAUUGUAGAAGUAUGGCUAAGAAAGCUUUAGAUGCAGUUAAAAAUGGAGAAAUCAAGAUGUAUCCAGAAGAAGCUAAAUCAACAUGGUAUAGGUGGUUAGAAAACAUAAAAGAUUGGUGUUUAUCAAGACAAUUAUGGUGGGGACAUAAAAUACCCGCUUAUUACUACUUUAAUGAGAAGAAUGAGAAGGUUUGGAUAGUUUCAGAUAAUAAAAAUGAGGUUGUAAAAAAAAUGGAACAGGAAAAUGGAACUAGUUUAACACAGGAUGAGGAUGUGCUCGAUACAUGGUUUUCUUCAGGAUUGUGGCCAUUUAGUACGCUUGGAUGGGGAUGGAAUGAUAAUUCACAAUUAUUUAAGAAAUAUUUCCCAAAUUCAAUGUUAGAAACAGGUUCAGAUAUUUUAUUCUUUUGGAUAGCAAGGAUGGUAAUGUUAUCUUAUGAACUUAUUGGUAGUAAACCAUUUGAUAAAAUACUUUUACAUGGAAUUGUAAGAGAUGCACAUGGAAAGAAAAUGAGUAAGUCACUUGGUAAUGUAAUUGAUCCAAUAUUUGUAAUUGAGGGUAUUUCUAAAGAAGAACUUAUAAAAAAUAUUUCAAUAAACGCAUCAGCUGAUGAAAAGAAGAGAGCUGAAAUGUCUAUUAUUAAAGAUUAUCCUAAUGGUAUUCCAAAAUGUGGAUCUGAUGCUUUAAGGUUUGCUUUGUUAAGUUAUGCUAAUGGAAUGAAAGAUAUUAAUUUGGACGUUUUGAGAGUAGCUGGAUAUUCUCGUUUAUGUAACAAGCUUUGGAAUGCUUUUAAAUUUGUUCAAAGUUCUAUUGAAAAGUUUAAUACAACAGAGUUGUAUUUAAAUGAAUUAAUUAUCGACUUUAAACUCAAGAGGCAGCAUGUUUGGAUCCUUAACAAGCUUAAUGUUUGUAUUGAAUUGAUGGAUAAAGGAUAUGAAGAGUAUAAUUUUAUGAGUAUUACUCAGGCAAUUCACUCAACCUUCCUUUAUGAUUUUUGUGAUGUUUAUAUUGAAUUUUGUAAAGAUAGAAGAGAUUAUGAUGUAAAAGUGUUAAGUUACGUAUUUUUACAGAUUGUGAGACUUUUUAAUCCACUAAUGCCUUUUAUUACCGAAGAAAUUCACUAUUCAUUAACAGGUAAGAUAAUUAAAUCUUAUCCUGAUCAGUUUAAAAUUAGUUCAGAUUUAAAUGAAAAACUUAUUAAGGAAUUUGAAAGUGUCAUUCAAUUAUCAAAAUUAGUUAAUAAGGGAGUUAAAAUUGAAAUUGAUGAUUUAACAAUAUUUGAUGAUAUUAAAAGGUUGGUUAGAAAGAGUUUGCAUCAAAAUAUUAAUUUUAAUAGUUUUAAAUUUGAUCAGUCUGAUGCAUUAGUUAAACAGAUGAAUGAAAUUUUUUAUAAAGAAAUUUAA